CGUGCUGCUACAUAGGAUAACUUGGUCAACGACAUAUAGCUCUAAGUGUUUGUUCUCCAUGCACCCGUUCUUGUACCAAAUUGGCUUAGUUAUUGGUGGAUUGGCCAAUGCUAAUCGGCUAAUCCGUUUCAACUUUCAACUACAACACUAUCCCUUCCGCUACAACUAACUGAAUAUAACUGAUUUUUCAAUGGGGGCGGGAACGCUUAUCCGUCCAACACCAUUAAAAUCCAGCCCCCUGUCCCAGCAACGGCCACCCCCCCGCACCCCUACUCCCGGUUAUCAUUCCUCUAAUUCUAUUUCUAUCCCGCGCUCCUCCACCCCCGUUAAGGCAUCGUCUUCUCUAAAUUCCCAGGGAGAUUAUGGAGGCCCGAAGCCAAAACGGGAAUGUGUAGCAGAUUGGGUUUCUCAGAACGACGACGUUGUUAGGAGCUUGCCCAUUUAUGUUGGAGGGCUGUCGCUAUUAGCUGUUCUCGUUAAUCGCACUAUUUCCGGCAUUGCUCCGGUUGCUGAUGCCAGCAGUUCUCAGUCUAGAGCAGAUCUAUUGACCCUUGGAUUGGCUGUCACAAACAUCCUGAAUGGUCUAGUAUGGCUUUCUAUCAGACCAAAAUCUGUGUCUGCGGUAAACCCUGAAGGUGCGGAGUGCCAAAGUAUAUGUCCUUUGCUUCCUGAUUUCAUAUCGUCAGAGCUCCUUUGGGUAUGGGAGUCUCUAUCAGAUGCAACAUGCUGCAGGUCUCUCAUUAUUGUGUAUGAUAAGAGAGUCAUCCUCCAAAUAGGGUUUGCUACUGCAUCGUCUAAUACUCACGAUGCAGUAGUGGUUGAUGUUGAUAAAUUGAUGAAAGGAUCGCUUUACCAGGGUGCUUUGAAAUCCAAAUCACAGAGCUACUUAGCCAACUUAUCUCUUUAUCCUGCCAAGUCUGAGUUGCCAUUUCUACCUCCCAAUACACAGGCAGUCAUCUUGCAACCCCUUGGUGAUAAAGGACUCGCCAUAAUUGGUGGUGACAUGAUCCGGGGAUUCACUACUUCUGACCAGGCAUGGAUCACCCUGGUUGGAGAAAAGUUAGAUGCUACACUUGCAAAAAUGAACAAUAUUCCGGUGAAUGCAUAAGAUGCAUGCUCAGCUGAUCAGUCCCAUCAAGUUAUUGAGCCGCUUCUUUCAAGUCUUAAGUUGAUACACUUGUUUAAUGUACCACAGUUCCUCUAUCAGCAAUUGCAUUUUGAACUUGGAGAGAAUGUCAGUUCAAGUUCCAAUCUUCUGGCAGAAUCUCCUCAGAAGGGAACAGUAAUGUUUUGGAAGUUACUCCCUUCAUUUGUGUAAUAAAGAAUCUUCCCAAAAAUCUCAACGUUUCUGAGCUAUUGUAAGAAUCGUUAGCAACCGUAGGUUUAAGCUUUUAACCCUGAUCCAUAUACCAAAUUGGGAUUAUUGACACUACAUUACCAUUCCUUAGGGCGAUCGCUAGUAUCCUUUAUGCUGCUUUCUGCUAGAUCAAUCGCAACUAUCAUUAGGCAUUCACAACUUAUAUGCUGCUUUCUGCUGGAGGAGGACUGAGAAAAUGAGCAGAAGAUGCACGUAGAAAUGAUCCCACGAAAAGCAUGGUCUGCUCAUCUAGUACCUUGAAUGCUGAUUCCAGUCAGCGAAGGUUCGUAAAUUGAGCUGCAAAUUCUUGACGAGGAAACUUGUAGCAUGUUACAGCACACAGCAAGAAAUCAGAUCUCAGUGCCAACGUAUGUAGCUGUGCGAUAGGAAUGGGGAGCCCUCUGAAUUCAGUAGCUACCAAGUGCAGAGUAAAUCACCACCUCUACGAGAAAGGGAAGAAAGUUGGGGAACAUCCUGGAAGAGCAUGUUCGGAAGAUGAGGUGGUUCUGGAUUUUGCAAACAAAAAGAGGGGACCUCAAUGAGCAGUGACAGUCCCAUCAAACUUAAAAAGAGGCAACGACCUCAAGAUGCUGCAACCCCUUGCACUCGCUGAUCUCCAAGUGCUUCAACCUAAGAGCAUGGCCAACUUUGGCAGCAACAACCUUCACAUCACUUAGAGAUGGUGCAUGAACAAUUGAUAGCUCCUCCAGUUGGGGACAAUUAUGCAAGAAGCAAGGCACGUGCUCAUCGGCUAGACCGACAGAGCGCAGGCGGAGGGAAGCCAGCUGCUUUAAGUCCCUGCCUAAUUUCAUUAACUCAGUUAUUGGAGUUGGCGAGGUGUAACACCUUUCAGCCUCCGAAAGAUGGCGGGUCUGACGUCGUGGAUGAAUUACAAACUCAUCUGAAAAGUUGAACUCAAGCCUGCUAACCCCCUUGGCUGCUGCAAACUGGAUCCAUCGGUCGAUGUUAGUCAGUUCAUCCUUGUCCCUCCUUGAUGCGAAGCAAUUCACGUACUUGCUUCGUUCCUCUUCAUAAUUUACCAUACCAUACCAUAAAACAGCCGCUGUAAAAUUUCCAUAAACUCACUCACCUAUGGGAAACAACACUA